AUGGCCUCAGAACAGAACUCAAACCAGCAUGUUGUUCAGCCUUCCUUUGUCGAUGAAGGUUGUAAUGAAACUGUUGGUAAUGUUGUCAACAGUUUUUCGCUGCCAACCAAUCAUGUCGAAGUAUCUGGUCCUUCCAGUCCCAACACUGUUUUGAUUACCAAUCAUGCUGAAUCAUCUGCCCUGAUCAGUCCCUUCCCAAAUCAAGCAGUUGCUGCAUCUGUUCUCAUAUUUGUAGUUCAAACUAAUGCUGCAUCUGUUCCCAUAACUGCAGCUCAAAGAUACAUUGCUGACAUAAAUGGACUGAUUGAUACAAAAAACAUACAUUUCUUCAUUGUUGCCCGGAUUAUGACGUUAUGGAAAGUACCCGAGUCUUCCAAGAACAGCAAAAUUAAAUCGAUGGAGAUGACUUUGAUUGAUGCUCAGGGUGGUAAGAUUCAGGCUACUGUUCCGGGCCGCAAUGUGAAAGAUUUUCAGGAUAUCUUAAAAGAAGAUCUGAGAGGGCACAUAAUUGCAUACAGUGAUCCUAUUGUUGACUACGGAAAAAAAAGGAUGUCUGUUGAACUUGAAGAUGAAAGGUUCAAGUUACAGGUAUAUGUCAGGGAUGCAUCUGGUAGCAGAAUUGUAACCCUAUGGGACAGGAUGGUUUACAAUUUCAUCAACAAGACUGCUGGUGAAUUAGGUCAGAAGGAGGGGAAGGACUAUCCUAAAAUACUUAAUGAAAUCAUUGGGAAGAAAUGUCUUUUCAGGCUGGAUGUAUCUAAUUUCAACAUACGUAACAGUAACAAUGAGAUAUCAAUUGCUAGGCUUACUACAGAGGCAGACAUUAUUAAGAAAUAUCUAGAUGAUGUUGCUGAAGAUCAAACUGCCGUCUCUUGCACUGAUCAUACUGACAUGGGACUUCCAGGCGAUGACAUUGCAGAGAGUCCUCCCUCAAAGAAUAAGCUACCUGCAAGUGCCGACAUUGAUCCUGAAAUGAGUGCAGAAUACUAUCAAACCUUAACAACUAAUCAGGGCAGUACUGCAAAGACUGCCAUUUCCUGCACUGAUCAUACUGACAUGGGACUUCCAGGUGAUGACAUUGCAGAGAGUCCUCCCUCAAAGAACAGGCUACCUGCAAGUGCCGGUGAGGAGAGUGUCAAAUCAAAACCCAAUAAGCGUGCCAAAAAGCUAAUUUUUCUUGGUGGAUCUGAAUGGAAGAAAAUGUUAUCAGAUCAUGCAGAUGUUUUGGAGGAAGCUACAACUGCAGUUUUACAGUACGAUGGAAAUAUGAGUUUCACUAUUCUUUUUUCCAGAGCUAAUGGAGUUGAAAUACCAGGCUCUAUCAAAAUUGAUGCUCCAGGAAUCCGUACGGUGUUUGUUAAUAUUCAUAUUAAUAAGAAAAGGAGAUGUCAGUUGUAUGGAUAUGCACUUAAAAGAAUUUCUCACAGAGAUUGGUAUUUCGCACACAUCAAAGAUCUGAAUUUACACAUUGGCAACCGCUUCCUCAUGAAAUUAGAUGAGAACUCAUUGAACCGUGCUGUUGUUGACAAACGGUUCUUUUCUGGGACACAUUGGCCUUCAGAACAUAACAUAGCAAAGGCCGUGGAUGUUAAGCAAUACAACUGGGAAUUCAUGGUCUACAGGGAGGAGAAUGAAGCAGCAGGUUUUGAAGGCCCUAAAUGGGAAGAGUUUGUUGACUAUUACUUUAAUCAUCUUAAAUGUAUCAAUGUCAUUUUUAUUUACACUGGAAAUUUAAAUUUCCAUUUGCGAAUUUUUGACAAUAAAGGUUACUAUUGUAAUCUGAUGCGUGAAGAUUCAGAUACAUCUGAUGGUGAGAUUGAUUCAGUUGCCUACCUUCGUAGCAAUGGAGAUCAGAAUACGUUUUCUGCAAUUAUGAAUAACACCCAAAUUCAACGUGGAAAUACCAUAGCAUAUGAUCAAGAGGUUGAAUGUAGAAGAUUCAUUAAGUGCUAUUUUGUACUAUGA